CAUACCCCAUAUCCCCUCUCCCAGCUGGCCCAGAAGUACGACCCCCAGCGGGAGCGGGAGCUCCGCGCCUGGAUCGAGGCCACCACCGGCCGCCGCAUCGGGGACAACUUCAUGGAGGGCCUCAAGGACGGGGUCAUCCUGUGCGAGCUCAUCAACAAGCUCCAACCCGGCUCCGUGCAGAAGGUGAAUGAACCCGUCCAGAACUGGCACAAGCUGGAGAAUAUCGGGAACUUCCUGAGGGCCAUCACGCGCUAUGGGGUGAAGCCCCACGACAUCUUCGAGGCCAACGACCUCUUUGAGAACACCAAUCACACGCAGGUGCAGUCCACCCUCAUCGCCCUGGCCAGCCAGGCCAAGACCCUGGGGAACAAUGUGGGGCUGGGGGUGAAAUACGCCGAGAAGCAGCAGCGGCGCUUCCAGCCGGAGAAGCUGCGCGAGGGGCAGAGCAUCAUCGGGCUGCAGAUGGGCACCAACAAGUUCGCCAGCCAGCAGGGCAUGACGGCCUAUGGGACCCGGCGCCACCUCUAUGACCCCAAACUGGGCACGGAGCAGCCCCUGGACCAGGCCACCAUCAGCCUCCAGAUGGGCACCAACAAGGGGGCCAGCCAGGCGGGGAUGACGGCGCCGGGCACGAAGCGGCAGAUCCUGGCGGCGCCGGCGUUGGGCAUGGAGCGUUGCGACGCGCUCACCAUCGGCCUGCAGAUGGGCAGCAACAAGGGAGCCUCGCAACGGGGCAUGACCGUCUACGGCCUGCCCCGCCAGGUCUGCGACCCCAAGUACUGCGCCGGCCUCCUCGACGGCCUCGACGGGCCCAAUCAUCACCCCUGA